UAAUCACAUUCUUCUCUUCUCAUCGACCCCUCCGCCUCCUCUCCUCUCCUUUCCAUUUUUUCCCCAUCGCGCCCUACUUAACCACGCGACGCCAAAAAAAGAAAAAGAGGAGAGAGCAAAACAAAGCGAAGGCUCCAUUCAUUCACUCCAUCUCCUCGCGUCCCCUCCCCGCUCCCCCCGCCGCAAUCCGCAUUCGCUAGGGGUUGGGUUGGGAGAUGGCGUCGGCGGCGGCGGCGGCGGCGACGGCGAGGGGGCCGCGGUACGCGCCGCCAGAUCCGACGCUGCCCAAGCCGUGGAGGGGGCUCAUCGACGGCAACACCGGGUACCUCUACUUCUGGAACCCGGAGACCAAGGCCGUGCAGUACGACCGCCCCACGGCGCCGCCGCCCUCCUCCCCCCCGGCGCAGCAGCCUCCGGAGAGGCCUAGGAACAGCGAUCCUGCUGAGUCGCAGGCGCAGGCUGGAGCGAGCCGAACGCAGAAUGCUGCUCCUGCUGAUGAUAGGGCAAGGAAUGAUCAUUUGAAUGAUCAUUUCGAGCGGCGCACGGAAGCGGCGGGAAGUCAUGCGCAGAACGUGCCUUUCACUGAGCAAAAUACUAGGAGCAACCCUUCUUCGCAGCCGUGCUCUGCAGCUGGAGUAUACCCUGCACAGAAUGUAUUUUCAGAGGCUGCCAGUGGAGACCGCACCUCACCAGAAGCGUAUCGUGCUAAGCACGAGAUCACUAUUGUCGGAAAUGAGGCUCCAGCUCCAUUCAUGACAUUUCAGUCCACAGGUUUCCCUCCAGAGAUUCUAAGGGAGGUAAGUGCACACAAUUUACAUGACUAUUUAAUGCAUUUUCUUGUAUCCUUCUCGAAAGAAAUUAGGAGGUCAUUGUGCGUUCAUACUACGUAUGUGAUAACUACGCUGGAUGUUCAUCUCAGCAGGCUCUUCAAGUCAACAAUCUAUGUCAAGGUACAGCAAGCGGGAUUCUCUGCACCAACUCCUAUCCAAGCUCAAUCAUGGCCAAUUGCUCUUAGGAAUCGUGAUAUUGUAGCUGUGGCGAAGACAGGUUCCGGAAAAACACUGGGUUAUCUCAUUCCAGGGUUUAUCCUUCUUAAGCGCCUUCAACAUAAUUCAAGGGAUGGUCCAACGGUAUUAGUGCUUUCUCCAACAAGGGAAUUGGCAACACAAAUCCAAGAUGAAGCGAAAAAGUUUGGGAGAUCGUCAAGAAUAUCGUCUGUUUGUUUAUAUGGAGGUGCUCCUAAAGGUCCUCAGCUAAGAGAUCUAGAGCGUGGUGCAGACAUUGUGGUUGCAACUCCUGGAAGAUUGAAUGACAUUUUAGAAAUGCGAAGAGUGAGCCUACAUCAAGUAUCUUAUCUUGUUCUUGAUGAGGCUGACCGCAUGCUUGAUAUGGGUUUUGAGCCACAAAUAAGAAAAAUUGUGAAACAAGUACAACCCAAACGACAGACUCUUAUGUUCACUGCCACUUGGCCAAAAGAGGUGAGGAAAAUAGCCUCAGAUUUGCUGUCCAAUCCAGUCCAAGUUAACAUUGGGAACACUGAUCAACUGGUUGCCAAUAAGUCAAUCACUCAGUAUGUGGAUGUUAUCACACCUCCGGAGAAAUCGAGGCGGCUUGAUCAAAUCCUAAGGUCACAGGAACCUGGAUCGAAAAUCAUAAUAUUUUGCUCCACAAAGAGGAUGUGUGAUCAGCUGGCUCGAAACCUAGCACGGCAGUAUGGUGCUUCUGCUAUUCAUGGUGAUAAAUCACAAGCCGAGAGGGAUUCUGUGUUGAGUGAAUUUCGAAGUGGCAGAUGCCCUAUUCUUGUUGCUACUGAUGUGGCUGCCCGAGGCUUGGACAUAAAGGAUAUCAGAGUUGUGGUCAACUACGAUUUCCCAACAGGUGUUGAGGAUUACGUCCAUAGAAUUGGGAGAACAGGACGGGCUGGAGCGACUGGAGUUGCCUAUACAUUCUUCUGUGAUCAGGAUUCAAAGUAUGCUUCAGAUCUCGUGAAGAUUUUGGAGGGUGCAAACCAGUCUGUUUCGCAACAGUUGAGAGAUAUGGUCUCCCGUGGAGGGUAUGGUGGAAGGUCACGGCGCUGGGCAUCUUCAGAUGACUCUUAUGGUGGUCGAGGAUAUGAUUCAGGCUAUACUUCAAGGUCGACUGACAACUAUAACAGUGGUUAUGGCAGUCAGUCUGGGAAUGGUUCUAGCUUUCAUAGUAGCUUCCAUAACAGCAACAGUGGCAAUCAGUUUGGCGAUACUUCUGGCUUCCAAACCAGCUUUCAUAACAGCAGCAGCAACAAUCAAACCAGUGACAAUCCAAGCUUUCAUGCCAGCAGCAACAACGAUCAACCUGGUGAUGGUCUCAGCUUUCAUGCCAGGUUCUAUAGCUCUUCUCGAGGCAGCGAUCAGAGCAGAACAAACAAUGCUGGCUUUCGUGAUAGAAGUAGGAGUCCUCCAAGCAAUCGCAACCAUGAAGAUCCUGGGUCCAAGGCUGUUGGUGUCUCCAACUGGUAAGUGCUAACUGCAAGAUGCAAACAGCAUCAUGAUGGUGACGAACAGAGUAGAUGAAGCUGUUCUCUUACCAAACUAUACUAUCGUGCGUGCUCCCCCUGAAGCAAAAGUGUGUCCCAGAACUUAACUAACAUAGGAUAAGACUGUGGAUCUUCUGCUGUGCAGAUGUAGCGCACUUGAUAAUGUAUGUCUGGUGUUAGUCGUUUGUCAGACCUGGGGGCUCGGACUUCCUUGCUAUCUAUACCUGCUACCGCUAUGAUCAUGUGGAAACAAACCAUCUGAGGCAUGCAUUUUGGACGAAAACAUGCACUCUUAAUCCUUAUAUGACUUGUAGAUUAUUUACCCCAGCGUCGUUUACAUUGAACUAUUUCCAUGUUCUGAAUGUUCA